GUGGCGCUCCAGGGGGGCUCCGGGGCUCCCGGCGGGGGGACCCCUCCGCCGCCUUCGCCUUCCCCCUCCUCCGCCUCGUCUUCCUCUUCCUCCUCCUCCUCGGUGCCUUCCUCCGCGGCCUCGCCUUCCUCUCCCUCCUCCUCCCCCUCCUGCCCGUCGCCCGGGCCGGCUUCCCCGGGGCUGGAGCUGGGGCUGAGCCUGGGGCAGGCGCUCCUCUACGCCGCCGCCUUCCUGGUCGCCUACCUCCAGCUCUGGCUGCUGCUCUGGGGCCAGCGGGGGGAGAAGCGCCUCGGCUACCGCUCGGUGGGGCUCUUCCUCGGCCUCCUCUGGGCCGCCCUGCGCACCGUCCUCUUCGCCUGCUACCUGCAGCGCGCCCUCCAGCCGGGGGCCCCGAUCCCGCCCGCCCUCCGCCUGCCGCCCUUCCCCCGCUGGCUCCUCGCCUGCUUCCCCGUCUGCCUCCUCUUCGCCACCGCCUGCCUCCUCAACCUCUAUUUCGCCGAGGUCAUUUUCAAAGUCAAGUGUGUGGCGGAAUUCAACCGAUACAAGGCCCUCUUGUACAUGGGCUCCAUUUCAACCAGUCUUCUCUUCAUUUUUGUGAACUUGACGUGUGCCUUGUUGGCACAGGACGAAGUGCCGGAGGACCAGCUGACGUGGGCGGUUUUUACCCAGGCCGUGGUUAACGAUAGCCUUUUCAUUCUCUGUGCCGUCUUGUUGGCUUGUUCCAUGUACAAGCUGUCCAGAAUGUCAUCGGCAAAUGUUUACCUCGAGUCCAAGGGCACCUCGGUCUGCCAGGCUAUCUCGGUGGGUUCCGUUGUCGUCCUCUUGUACUCCUCGAGGGCUUUCUACAACUUGGUGGCGGUGGCGAUUUCUCCGGAGCACGUGUUCAACUACGGUUGGGACAGCCUUUCCGAUAAGGGUCAAGGGGAGAAAGCUGGCAGCGAAGAGUACGUGGUCUUUGGCGUGGUGCUUUUCCUCUGGGAAUUCAUCCCAACUAUGUUUGUGGUCCUCUUUUUCCGGGCGCAACGGCUGUCCCAGAACUUGGCUCCUGCUGGAAUGAUCAACAGCCACAGUUAUAACUCCCGGGCCUACUUCUUUGACAAUCCAAGACGCUACGACAGUGACGACGACCUUCCGAGGCUGUGUGGAGGAAGCUUGACGACUCCUCAGAGUUCUGGAUGGUAUGGUUCCCUCACGGGGAGUGACAGCUGUGGCAUGAUCCCUCCCUUGGCGGCACCUUCGAUGGACGUCACCCCUCUCCUCUUCACCCACGGAAGCUUGGAGGCAAGAAAUCUGAACUCGCGCCUGAUGCUGCAGAACUCCUCCUAGAGCCGGGCUCGGAGAGGGCCGUCAAAGAUGGGAGAAGACCUUCGGCUCCCUCCCGGCUCCCCUCCCGAUGUUAUAAAAUUGGGGACAGACCACGAAGGCUCUGCGUUUGGACCCUAAGACCAUCCUUUGGUGCGCAGAUCCUGCUGUGAUGGAAGCCGGUGAGGUUACAGCAGCUUCCGGAAGCGUGAUUAGUGCUCUUUUGGUAGCUGUAAAGGCAUCGGGUGUCGGAUAAAAGGGCUGUCUAACAGAUGAACUCUUGCACUCUCGAGUGUUUCCAAGAAAGAGGUGGUUCCCCCCCCCCCCAGUCUGCCUGU